AUGGCGACCUGCAUCAGCAUCCCCGUGACUAUUCCAGAAGAUCGCACAUUGACAAAAGCCAUGAUUCAAGAAAUUGUCAGCUUUUUUUUCACCAAUGAGUGGCCAAGUGUGGACCCAGAAACGCUCACUGUGGUACACCAUUCGGGAUAUGCAAACACCAACUGCGUCGUGGAACGACCAAAGCCAAACAACGGCACACAUUCAGAACCACUGAAAUUGUUCCUCAAGAUCAACGGCGAACUUGAUGGAGAAAUCGCGGUUUUCAAGCACUUGGUUCCCAACAAACACGAAGAGGCACAGCUCUGUUAUGAUUACGGUCAAUCCGGGCUUGGUGCCAAGCUGUACGGUUUCUUUCAAACCCAAGAUGGUGCCUUCGGACGCGUCGACGAGUUCUGGGAUGCCCGAAAUCUAGAGCCAGAGGAUGUGGAAGAUACAGCCAUCAGGGCCGAUAUUGCAAAGGGACAUGCCGUCUUUCACACUAUGGAGACACAACUGCCUAAGAAGCCGAUUCAAUUAUAUUACGAGGCAAUCAUCGGAAAGCUUACGGAAUAUCAUAAGUUGGAUAAGCUAAAGAGGCUGGCCAAUGAGGGAGGUGUCAGUCUGGACGACCUUGUUGAUUAUGACUUUGUGUCGAGGAUCCGACAAGUCACGGACAGAUUGGAAUCCAUCGGAGGGAAAAGGGGAUGGUGCAUCCAUGAUGUUCAAUUCAUGAAUGUCUUGGUGAAGGAAAGUCCCAAAGAAGGCGAAAGCAAAAUUGCCCUCAUUGAUUUCGAGUUCGUCUUUCAGAAUUAUCGCGCUUUUGACAUUGGUGGGCAUUUUUUGCACAAGAUGUUCAAGUGGUUUGACAAGGAGAAUAAAAUCGCGAACUGCAGACCUUACUCGGAAGAGGAGAAGAGACAUUUCUGUCAUGAGUAUGCACAGAGAUGGAAUGAGAUUACCGGAGACUCGGAUACGGGGGAACAGGUCUUCCAGGAAGCUGAGCUGGGAUACUUGCUGUCUAUCACGUUUGAAGUCCAUAAUAUGCUCUGCUUCAUGUAUGAGGAAGAGGAGAAUGACCCGCUUGAGCUCCUGGGGUUUAAAAAGCUAUUCGAGGAGUUUGUCAAUCAGUAUAAAAAGCUCGGGCUCGAGAGCUAA